AUGGCUGAAGGCUAUACAUCGUUUUGGAACGACUGUUUGAGCACUGGCCUUCGUGGUUGUGUGCUGAUCGAAUUGGCACUCCGUGGUCGAAUAGAAUUAGAGAAAGCUGGCAUGCGAAGAAGAAGUUUAUCGCUGAGGAAGGUCAUCUUGAAAUCGGACGCUCCUACCGGCGAUAUUCUUCUUGACGAAACUCUGAAACACAUCAAAGAGACGCAGCCUUCAAUAUCUGUGCAGGCUUGGAUAGAAUAUUUAAGCGGAGAAUCAUGGAAUCCGAUGAAGUUGCGUUUUCAGCUGAAAAACGUACGAGAGCGCCUUGCCAAGAACCUGACCGAGAAAGGCGUUCUGACGACCGAAAAGCAGAACUUUGUGUUAUUCGACAUCACGACGCAUCCCGUGCAGAACAGUCAAAUAAAGUUGAAGCUGAUGAAGAAAGUACAGGAGGCGGUUCUGUCACGAUGGAACAACGAUAUCCAGCGGAUGGACAAGCGCUUGUUGUCGUUAGUAAUUUUGGCGCACGCGUCGGACGUGCUCGAGAACUCGUUUAUUCCCCUGUCUGACGAAGACUAUCAGGUCGCCAUGCGACACGUCCGAACGCUCCUCGAACUUAGUUACGAAGCCGAAAGUGCCAAGCCGCACAGCUGUGAACUGAUGUGGGCCGUGUUUGAUGCAUUCGUCAAAUGA